AUUAAAGAAUCAGAUUUUUAGCUUUCAGCUAGCUUGGGAAAAAAGUUUUCGUUUUUCCUCUUCUAAUAAAUCCAUCGCAGUAGCCCGCAAUAGUCUGAUUCUGAUACACACAAAGGUAGAAGGAAGACCCAGAAAGCCCUAAGCAGAGAAGAAGAGGCAGAAGCUCAGAAAUCGAAGCAUUUCAAACAUGAGUCGUGGAAGUGGAGGCGGAUACGAUCGUCACAUCACGAUUUUCUCGCCCGAAGGCCGUCUAUUUCAAGUCGAGUAUGCGUUUAAGGCUGUUAAGGCUGCUGGGAUCACCUCAAUUGGUGUCCGGGGAAAGGAUUCCGUAUGUGUUGUGACUCAGAAGAAAGUCCCGGACAAGCUUUUGGAUCAGACAAGUGUCACACAUCUUUUCCCCAUCACAAAGUUCCUAGGGUUGCUGGCUACUGGCAUGACAGCUGAUGCAAGGACCCUAGUUCAGCAAGCAAGGAAUGAAGCAGCUGAGUUUCGAUUCAAAUAUGGAUACGAGAUGCCGGUAGACGUACUGGCUAGAUGGAUUGCAGACAAAUCACAAAUCUAUACUCAACAUGCUUAUAUGAGACCACUUGGAGUAGUUGCUAUGGUUUUGGGUAUUGAUGAAGAGUUCGGACCUCAACUCUAUAAGUGUGACCCAGCUGGCCAUUACUUUGGUCACAAGGCCACAAGUGCUGGAUUGAAAGAACAAGAGGCAAUCAAUUUCUUGGAGAAGAAAAUGAAGAAUGAUCCAUUAUUUACCUAUGACGAGACUGUGCAGACUGCAAUUUCUGCCCUGCAAUCAGUUCUGCAAGAGGAUUUCAAGGCCAAUGAAAUUGAGGUUGGAGUGGUGGUAAAGGAGAAUCCUGUCUUCAGAGUGUUGUCGACCGACGAGAUUGAUGAGCACUUGACUGCUAUAAGUGAGCGAGACUGAGUCCUUGGGAAACCUGAUACUGUCUGGGGCAAUGUUUGGAUUUGAUAAAAUGCUGGACAUUUUUCUAUCCCUUUUGGAGUAUCAAAUGUUAACUUAAAUCCUUUAGCAAGUGCUUAUGCAAUUUGGCCGGGUCGUUUACUCCCCCUUCUGUAACUUUUGUUAGUUGAAGUUGCUGUUGUUGAACUGUUGAAUGAUUGUCAACUUCAUAUGUUUUCAUGAUUUGUAUCCUUUUCCAGAAUUAGUAGUUGAGUGGAUAAACUUGGCAACUCAAAA